AUGCUGCAGUCCCACCUGACUGUGGGUUUCCAGCAGCUGCAGAGACACAAGACAAAACACCUCCGCGCCUUCACGGGAGCAGCAGCAGGAGUAGCAGCAGCAGCAGCAACAGAAGCAGCAGCAGCAGCACGAGCAGUAGAAGCAGCAGCAGCAGCACGGUCAGUAGAAGCAGCAGCAGCAGCAGCACGAGCAGUAGAAGCAGCAGCAGCAGCACGAGCACCAGCAGCAGCAGCACGAGCAGCAGUAGCAGCACCAGCAGCAGCAGGAGCAGCAGUAGCAGCACCAGCAGCAGCAAGAGCAGCAGCAGCAGCAGCAGCAGCAGCAGCAAGAGCAACAGAAGAGGGAGCAGCAGCAGAAGCAGCACGAGCAGCAGCGGCAGCAGCAGCAGCAGCAGUAGCAGCAGCAGCUGAAAGGCUCCCUUUGGAGAAGCAUUUGGCCCUUGAGGGCGCUGUUUGCAUGCGGCUUUUAUGA